GACUUACAAACUCAUGUGGUUUAGUCGGCGGUCCUUGGUGCUCGGCUGUGCGCUCUCUGCACAGCGCUCGGCCGACCUUAAUGUUGUUCGAGAUCAAAAACGGUUCUGAAUCGGAACAGAAAUAAAUAACCAAAAUUAUCGUAUGUUCAGGACGAAACGCUCAGGUCUAGUGCGGCGACUCUGGAGAAGCCGUUUGGUGCCAGAUAACCAGGAGGGCGAGGGCGAUGCCAGGAGCGGUGAUUGCUCUCGGGACGAUGUGGGCGACACUUCGGAGAAAAUGGCACAGCCUGAGUGGGGGGCGAUGACCCCGAGCGCCCCGGCCGGCGCUGACCUCGGGGGCCGGGUAUGCUCCGGUUUCGGCGCCGGCUGGGGGGUGACUUUGGUGGACCAACGCGGCGGCGGUGCCGUGGUGUGCGUCCCGGAGCGGCUAAGCCCCCGGUCCGCGCAGGACAUCGACGGCAGGACGGUGACAUGCUGCUUGUUUAAAGACCGCGACCCUUCUGGAUCGAGAGGCUCGGAAGGUGAGCCCGGAUCGUGUCACUGGGCGCCGCGGAGUCCCGCUGGAUCCUCCGGGGAGAGUCCGGAGGCGAAGCGGCGCUCGUUGGCGGAGCAGGAGCUCAAAGCGGCGACAUACUCGCUGUUCAAACGACUGAAGGAGAAAACCCUGGAGGCGCUACUCGAGGCUGUGGAGUCCCGUGGUGGAGUGCCGAGCGAGUGUGUGAUGGUGGCCAGGGCCGAGCUGAGACUCGGACCCCAUGCUGCCCCCCCGCAGCUGCUGGUGUGUAAGUUGUACCGCUGGACAGACCUGCAGCACACAGCCCAGCUUAAAUCGCUCUGGGAGUGCAAGAGCUUCUCAGGCAGAGACAGUCCACUCGUCUGCUGCAACCCCUACCAUUACAGCCGCUUGUGUGGGCCAGAAUCGCCACCUCCUCCAUACUCAAGACUUUACCCUAGUGAUGAACACAAGCCACUGGAUCUGUCAGAUUCCACACUGUCUUACACUGAAAUGGAGGCUGCCAGCUCACCAAACAUCAUCCAGGGGGAAUUCUCAGAUGCCAGUUUGUCACCAGACGCCCCGAAGCAGAGCCACUGGUGCAGCGUGGCGUACUGGGAGCACCGGACACGAGUGGGCCGCCUCUACCCGGUGUACGAGCCCUCAGUGAGCAUCUUCUAUGACCUACCUCAAGGCACCGGCUUAUGCCUGGGCCAGCUUGGCGGUGAGCGACGCGGCGGCACCGCCCAGCGAACGCGCAGCAAGAUCGGCUACGGCCUGCUGCUCAGCAAGGAGCCCGACGGCGUGUGGGCCUACAACCGCAGCCAGCACCCUAUCUUCGUGAACUCGCCGACUUUAGAGGCGCCAGGCGGCCGUGGCCUACUCGUACGCAAGGUCAUGUCCGGCUACUCCAUCAAGGUGUUCGACUAUGAGCUUUCAGCUCAGCUGCUGCUGCGCCGCGAGGCUGAGCCCGGACUACUGGAUGGCCCGUACGACCCCAACAGUGUGCGCAUCAGCUUUGCCAAAGGCUGGGGGCCGUGCUACUCACGCCAGUUCAUCACCUCCUGCCCUUGCUGGCUUGAAAUCCUUCUCAACAACCACAGAUAACACACGCAGACUCAAACGGACAGAUGGUCACGGACUCAGAACUUAGAGACACGGCAAAAGGCUGGACAGACCCCGCAAACAAUCCCAAAUAUCGUCUACUUAGAUUUAAUAUAAAGUUUUCUAUAUUAUAUAAAAUAUAUAUUAUACUUGUAAAUACUGGAGUCAUUUUUACAAUGUAAUUAUUUAUGUAUGGUGCAAUGUGUACAUGGACAAGUUGAAAAAAAUACAGAAAUGCACUUUGGCUUAUAUAUUAUAUAUAUAAAUAUCUAUGAAAAAAUAAAGAAUCUUUCAAUACCAAUUUGAAAAAUUAUACAGCAAAAAUAGGAUGCAUCCUGGUUUUGGUGUAUAGUUUUUACAUAUUAUUAAUAUCCAGACAAAAAG